AUGAAGUUCGGCGAGCAGCUCCGGUCGAGCGUCAUCCGCGAGUACCAAUGGUACUACAUUGACUAUGACGGGCUCAAGGCCGAUCUCAAGCGGCCCAGCGGUUCCGCUGCACCCGCCGCCGACGACAGCACGAGGUCGAGCAGACUGUCGCGCCGCGAGUGGACCGAGGAGGAUGAGAGCCGCUUCGUGAGCAAGCUCGAGGCCGAGCUCGACAAGGUGCACACCAAGCAGCAGGUCAAGGCCAUGGAGAUAUCGCGCCGCAUCGCCGUCAGCGAGCGAGAGGUCCGCGAUGUCGUCAAUCGUUUAAACGAGCGUGGGCUGAGCCAGGACGGACCGAGCGAGGAGGAGUUCAUGCUGCUCGAGGAGGACCUGAGCGAUAUUAUUGCCGAUGUCCAUGAUCUCGCCAAAUUUGUACAGCUCAAUUACACGGGUUUCUACAAAAUCAUCAAGAAGCAUGAUAAAAUGACCGGAUGGCAUCUGAGACCCGUUUUCGAUACUCGUCUCAAGGCGAAACCCUUCUACAAGGAGAACUACGACGCCUCGGUCGUAAAACUGUCCAAGCUCUAUGACUUGGUUCGAACUCGAGGAAAUCCGGCCAAGGGCGACAGCGCUGCUGGCGGAAGUCAAGCCAACUUCAUCAGACACACGACAAAAUACUGGGUGCAUCCCGACAAUGUAACGGAGCUCAAGCUGAUCAUCUUGAAGCAUUUGCCGGUCCUGGUGUUCAACGCGAGCAAGGAAUUCGAGGAACAGGACUCGGCAAUCACGUCCAUCUACUAUGACAAUCCGGAUACAUGGGAACUCUACGAGGGGCGGCUAAAGAAGACGGAAGGCGCCGAGGCGAUCCGGCUACGCUGGUACGGCGGGAUGCAGAGCGAGACUGUCUUUGUCGAGCGCAAAACUCACCGAGAGGACUGGACAGGCGAGAAGUCGGUCAAGGCUCGCUUCUCGCUCAAAGAGAAGAAUGUGAACGCCUACUUACGGGGCGAUCUUCUCCCCGCCGCGAUUUUUGAGAAGGCGCGCAAGGAGGGGAAGAAGUCGGAAAAGGCAAUUGCCGAGGACGAGCGGCUUGCACGCGAGAUUCAGUGGUCAAUUCUCAAGAAGGGGUACAAGCCUGUGUGCCGGUCAUUCUACCACCGGACGGCUUUCCAGCUGCCUGCUGACGCGCGUGUCCGCAUUUCGCUUGACACGGAGCUCACCAUGAUCCGAGAAGACAAUCUUGACGGGGUACAGAGAUCAGGAGACAACUGGAGGCGCAUGGACAUUGGAGUUGACUACCCCUUCUCCCAACUACCUCCUGGCGAUAUCGUCAGGUUCCCAUACGCCGUUCUUGAGGUCAAACUUCAGACGCAGCUUGGGCAAGAACCUCCCGAAUGGGUCCGGCAGCUGAUCUCUAGCCACCUUGUAGAGGCUGUGCCGAAAUUCUCCAAGUUCAUCCACGGAGUGGCUUGCCUAUUUCCUGAUAGGAUAAAUCUGCUUCCGUUCUGGAUGCCACAGAUGGACGUGGACAUUCGGAAACCGGCGACGCACGAUUUUGGGAUCAAGAGGUUAGAGCACUCGACGACAACGUCAAUGACAGACGAGGAAGAUGAUGAUGACUACGACUCGGACGAGGAACGACCCGUGUCGGCCACGGCGCCUGCCGGGGAAUCGAGCGCGCAGGGGGCGGCGGCGCGGAAUGGCCGGGUCCGAGUAUUGGCAGCCGAUGUCGAGGACCAGACGGUUGACGGAACAACGGGCGACGACACAUACAUUUACGACUCGGACAAUGAGGACGACGAGGACAGAUUAGAGGAGGCACGGAGAGUGGGCGGCUGGACAUACUACCAAACCCUGCUCUCAACAUCGGCAAACGCUGCUGCCAGGAGCACGUGGUGGUUGCUGAAAGCAAUGGUGCCGCGCCCGCGGCCAACCGAGGUACCGCGUAAUGAGAGACUGCAGUCGCUACUCGGAACGGGCGAGAUCCAGCAAAAGAGGUUCAAAGCGCCUAAGGGGAAGAAGAUCUAUGUACCUGUGCGGGUCGAGCCCAAGGUCUACUUCGCGGCGGAAAGGACGUUCUUGGGUUGGCUCGAAUACUCAAUCUACAUUGGCACCAUUGCCGUUACACUACUGAACUUUGGCACUAAACAGGGCCACGGAGCAUCGUUUGUCGCGGCCGGAGCGUUCACGCUACUCGCCAUCGCCUCGCUGUGCUACGCCGUCGGCAUAUACCUAUACCGGAGCAAAGCCAUCCGCACGCGGCGGGUAGCACGGUACUAUGAUAAGCUGGGGCCUACUGUGCUGUGCGUGGCUCUGUUUGUGGCGGUUGCCCUUAACUUUGCCUUUGAGGGUAAGAACCGGGGGUUGUGGUAA